UCGAUAAGCCCAGUGGUGCAAAGAGCCCCAGUGGGUCAGAGCGGCGGCGGCGGCGAGGAUCCCUGGGCUGGCUGACUGAGGUGCGGUCGGGCCAUGUCCCCAGGCACCUGCUGAACUGGAGUGCCCGAGGAUGUCUACGCUGAGGAAGAGUUAUGAAAAUUUGAAGUUGCUUUGGAGACACCAUUACAUUGUUCUUUAAAUUCUGUGAGUUGAUAAACGGUACCAUCCCAGCAAACCCUCCCCGACGUGGACUCAUGUAAAGCGUCUUGCUGUUGGGAAGUCUUCCUCUACCCUAUGAAGAAGGCCGGGCUCGCUUGCUGAAGAGAUGGGGAUCCGCCUAGAGCCAGCGCCAAGCAACAGACACACCAGGAUAGGUGGACAGCAGAACAGUGUGGUCCUGCAGAAGCUGAAGCCUGACACUCCUUACACCAUCACCCUGUUCUCCCUGUGUUGUGAUGUGGAAGGAGGUCGGGUGACAGGAAGAGGCAAGACCAGUGCCAAUCCCUGGGAAUACCAAUGAUGCUGUUCUUAGGAAUCUGCAGCCAGAUGUCCCAGACACCGUUACAGUGGUUCCCCUUUAUCCUGAGGGCGAUGGAGGGCGUACACCAGACACUGGAAGGACAUGGAAUGGUGAGAGGACUGGCCAGAAACGUCCAAGUGUACAAUCCACCGAACAGCGGGGACGUUGGCUGGACCCUGCCCCUGGCUGGUGCAGCAGCGCCGCGUGUGUGUGCUCCCCUGGCUGGCAUGAGGCCCCCGGAACCUCGCCAGCGCUGAGAUUGGGAGGUGGCAAGAGACCAGGAGGGAAGUGAGCGGUGUCGGAAGGCGAUAAGCCAGAUGAAGAAGAGACUCACUGAGUUCGCGAGCUGUGUGGGCUUCAGCAUCCAUCAGAGAGAGCGCAGGAAUCAUGAGAACCCCGUGCCUGGGUAUCAUGUCCGUAAGCGCGAACUAACUCCGUUCCACAAAGCCGCAUAUUUUGGUCAUCUGGACACAGCGGAGGUGUUGCUGUUAUAUAACGAAAAUGUUGUAGACAGCAGAGACAGGAAGAACAGGACUGCCCUGCACUUGGCCUGCACCACCGGCCAGUCAUCAGUGGUGAGUCUCCUCAUACAUUGGGAUUGUAAUCUGAAUGCUCGUGACAAGGAAGGCAAGACAGCUCUCAUCAAGGCUGUACAAUGCCAGAAAGAAGUAUGUGUCACUGUCCUGCUGGAAUACAGAGCUGACCCAAAUCUUGAGGACAACUGUCAGAACACUGCUCUGCAUUACGCCGUCUUGGCUGGAGAUAUAUCAAUUGCAGCAAAGCUGCUCCGCUAUAAUGCAAAUAUCGAGGCGACAGACAAGUAUAACUUCACACCACUUUUACUCGCCAUCAGGGAGAACAAAGAAGAAAUGGUCAAAUUUUUGAUAGAGAACGGGGCAAAUGUACAUGCAGUCGACAAGCUGCAAAGAUCAGCGCUCACGCUUGCUGUGUUUCAUGACUCACCGGACAUAGUCAAGCUGCUGCUUCAGAAGCAUGUUAAUGCCAGUUCUCGAGAUUUACAGGGAUGGUGUCCUGAACAAUACGCUCGUUUUAACGGUUUUAAACACAUUUACCAACUGAUUGUCGACUACAGAGACGAAAAGAUACCAACUACUCCCCCUGAAAAUAGCGACCUAGGACAGAGUUCGGCUAAGGAGAGUUUACCUUCUUCACAUACUGGAGCAGAGAAUAUCCAAGAAAAGUUGCAAUUGUCCGGCAAGGAUGACGAAGAAGAAAUGGUUGUCGAGUUGGGAACCAGCAAUGGCAGCUGCACGGAUUCACCAAAGAAUGUUGAGCAGAAGACGGAUUUAGUGGUUGAGUUUUCACCGAGGUUUGAAGACAUCUCUGUCACCAGUAUUUCACCCAAACAUGAUGUUGAUGAUUCAAGGCCUCCAUCAGAUGGUGACUUAGAUCUUGCUCCCAAGAAAGUCCGGCAUCCAAGAUUUGCAAAGCCAGUUCAGGCCUGGCAAGAACCCAUGAUAAACACAGAGGCAAAAGAUGGUGUUUUGAAACCAGGAACUAGCACCUUCUUUGAGGACAAUAAUUCUAAUAAUGAAAAUGAAGAUGCGGUUACAACCUUUUCCCAACCAUCAACCAAAGUUCCAGGCUUUUCUCAUCCUGCCUUCCCAGCACCGGAACCUCUCAUGUCUUCAGCAGUCCUUGGUGUUACAGAGGAGGAAGCAAGAAAGCCGAAAACUGGGGGAAAAGAGACCGGCACUCGGACUAUUAACAGUGUUCUAAAGGAGCAAGCAGAUCAUAGCAAAUUGAUUUCUUCUGACGGAGCACACAAAAUUGACAGAGGUGACUCAACAUCAGCAUUAAGAUUCGAAGAAAAGGAAGAUCUCAAAUCACCCUGGGAUUCUGAGAGUACCUCCGAGAUUCAACUACGGAGCCAUGUUGGUCAUUUAUCUGGAGCUGCAGGUCUAAGAGAAAAAAAUACAUUAAAUGGACAAAUAGAAAAUUCUACUGAAAAGUAUCCUCACCUGAAGCCUGCAGUUGGAGUGAAAGAUUCUGUUCCUAAAAAAACAGGAGCAAUGAAGAAUUUUCAAAGAUUCAAAUCAGAUCAUUCAGACUGGGAUUCUAGUUUGAGCCUCAAUAAUGAGGCUGGUCAAAGAGCUGAGCAUUUGAAAGUUAAUAAAUGUCCGUUGGUAUCACAAUCAGUGACCACAAACCAGUCAGCACCCACAGAACUGAGGCAGACGGCCCUACUAGAUAAAGACCGGAUGAAUAUUGAAGCCGUGUCUCUGUCAGAAAAUGCAGCGCUCCGUGGCCUGUGUGAAUCACAGCUGCCAGAGAACAGAAGCAGCCAAGAAGACCUAGACUUAGAAAGGACUUCUGAGGAAGAGGAAGAAAGACGUGAUGGAAGGGAAAAUAGCCACUCACAGGCAUGUACUGUGAAAGAAAAGAAAUCUGAAGAUCAAAUCAAGCAGAUUAAUCUUUCACUUGUGCAUCUGCAAAAAAUGCCUAGAGAACCAGAAAUGAAUAUGGAACAUGACAGAAAGGACGUACCUGUAUCUUCAAAACAUUCUUGUGUGGAGAAGCAUGAGGACAUGUGGGUCAAACAAGGCAAAUUGGACUGGAAAAAUACUUCCGAAUUUAUCACAAAGAAGGCAAAUCAGAAAAUCAGUAAAAUCCUUGAAAAAUGCAAAAUUAUUUUUCAUCGUAAGGGAGGGUCACUACGUGACAACUCUGAACUACAUGGUGAUUUAAAGGAACUACCUUCCAAUGUGACAGAUAAUAUAUUUGAUAGUGAGGAAAAAGAUGCACCUGGAGCCUCUGUCUCUGUAGGAUCCCAGGCAUUCUCUGAACACAAAGAGCCCAGUCUUGAAAAAGUUUCUCCAUCUUAUUCCAAGUCUGAGUCAACAGAGUAUGGUUGCCAGCCAUCUUCAAAACUUUAUUUAAAUGAAAAGAAGUUAGAUGAAAAUGAUAAGCCAGACACUGAACGCAUUAACAAAAAUGAGAGUUUUUAUAAUGAUAGAGAAAAUGAAGUAAGGAACCGAGUUCCAUUUAAAGUGAAAGAAGACCAAGAAUUUGAUACAAAAAGAAAACAAAAAAGGAACCAAAAUACUCACUGGAAAUCAGACAUUGGCCGUGCACCUCAGGUUGAAGUAGAAGAGAACAGGAACAAAAGUAGUGAACUGAAAGGAUCAGAAACCAUGUGUGAUGGCAGUUAUUACAAAGGAUUAACUCAGCAGAGGAAAAGGGGAAAAACUGAUGACCAGCAGUUUCCUGCUCUGCAGAAAGGAAAUUCUGAUAGUAGCUGUCCUGGCUUGUGUAUGACGGAAGUAAAGAAUAAAAGUGGAAAACGGACAUUAAAAGCAUCUGUGACUUCACGUUUAUUUGCGAAGACCGCCUCACUGGCUGGUGGUCUCCUACACGUGAAUGACAGCAGCAGUUUAAGUGAAGGAGAUCAAGAUUGUGGCAGGUCUUCAAAGAAAACAUCUACUAAAAAGGACCAGGUCAAAGAGCAGAUGAAUUCUGUGGAUGGCCUCGAUGACUUAACUCUGUCACCAGAAACAGCUUCCAAGGAUUGCGAGUCGCUUUUCCCUAAUUAUAAGAAUACCCUGAGGCUAAUCGAACAACUUGGUCCGGAGAGUAAAGAUUCUGAUAGGUUAUUGAAAAUUCAGGAUCCAGUUGAUUCAUUCAGAUCAACAGAACGUAAAGAAUCUGACUGCACAGAACUUAGAGGAAAACUUAAAGAAAUGGAAAAGAAGGUGAACUGGCUACACACAGAGCUGCUGAAAACAAGAGAAGCAAAAUCACAGUUAAAACUUCAAAAUGUGGAGUGGGAACGAGAGCUCUGCCGCAUGAGAUUCGCAUUAGAACAAGAAACAAAGAAGAAGAAAAAUGCUUAUUUAUUAUAUGAAAAAUCUAAGGAUGACUUAAAAAGAAAAGAGAAACAAUACAAUGAGCAAGUUUCCAUGAACCAACAACUUGAAAUCACUGCCCAAGCACUAGAAUGCAAACUGAAGAGCAUAAGGAAUAAACCAAAUCAGGUUUUAGAAGAGCGAAAUGAUGCUCAGAGACAACUUUCUCGAGUGCAGAAUGCCAGAGUAAUACAAGAUGAAAUCCUGGCCCAUCAUCUUUCCCAACAAAAGGAGGCAGAAAAGGCUAAUAAGAAAAUGAAUGCCAAGGACACAAUGGAUUUUGAGCUGUCUGACCCAAAAGAUAGCAGCGAGGUGCUUCCUCAGCAACUUCCUGAAGCUGAACGUCAAUUCCGUGGCCCAGAAAUUGAGCUCCAUCCCAGGAGAGAUGCUCUUAGACCAAUGAAAUUGGUAUUACAAUGUGUGCAUAGAGACCGAGGCCAAGCCCAGCAUUCAAACAAGGAAACUGAACUCCUGUCUCAGAGCAAACAAGGGGAAUUCAGCAAAUACAUUGGAAAGCAGGCAUUCUUGAAGGAGACAAUAUGUAAACUACAAAGUGAAAACACGUUGCUUCGACAGCGACUGGAAGUUGCUCAAAAUGAAGGCAGAAGCGAAAAGACAAUACUUAAUACCCCACAGCUGUUUCUGGAUCACAUGGGAAAACUUGAAGCCAUGAGCAGACGAGUUCUGAUGCUGGAGGAAGGAAACAAGGAGUUAAUCGAUGAAUGCAGAUGUUUAAAGCACAGACUGUGUCAGUAUGAAACGGACAGAGCAGAAAUGGAAGCCCAUAUGAGACAGCUUCAACAAGAACUGACUGACACCCGAAAGAAAGUGUCCAUGUUGGAAGCGUCCCUGGAGGUGACAGCACAUCAUAAGACUAAUUCAGAAAACAAGAGACGGGAUGGAGAGAGGAAGUCACAUCAAACUGCGAAUCCAAAUGCUGAUCUUCCAGCAAAAGAGGAGUCUACAUCUUCAGUAGUUCUCCAUCUGAGUGCAGAAACUCAGCUUCUUCUAAAGGAAUUAUUACCCUAUUACCUGUGAAAGAGAUGCAAAGGAAAUGUGAAGCUCUAGAGGAGGAGAAGAAGAAGUUGGAGGAAGAAGCAGUAAAUCUGAGACGUCACCUCGAAAUGAACCCAGUGGAACGCAGCCAAGUGGAGCAUUACAAACGGGAGCCUGGAGAGCAAGCAAGACGGGAUGCAGUAGAAGCACUGAAAGAACUCAGGCGGGCUGUGCAGCACGGACAGGAAACUGAAGAACAAGCAAGACAUGAUGUAGUAGAGAAACUAAAAGAAAUCAGCCAGUUUUUACAGGCACAAGCAGGAUUUCAAGAAAACGUGUUGACAGAGUAUAAGCGUGCUUCAGUUAGUCAAACGGAACCCAGAGUUAAAGAUCUGGAGCCUGAACUUAAAAGUGAUGGUAAUGAAAACAAAUUGGAAAAAUACAAACAACUAUACCUGCAAGAGCUAGAAAAUAGAAAGUCUUUGGCAAGUGAACUUACCUCGGUUAAUGAGAGGCUGGCCGAGGUGAGCACUAAGCUUCUGCUGGAGAGACAGCACAAGAGCUCUUUCCCUGGCUUUGUUCCUGCAAGGCCUGUUGGCGCACCUCCUUCUGCUGCUGGUACUAGCGUGGAGGCCAAAAGGAGUCCUACUCGAAGAAGGCGCUUCAGGACUUUUUCCGACCCUUCAACUAACUUGAGCGUUCCCUUGUUCCGGAUGCGGAAGUAGUUGGAGAAUAAUACAGAUAAAGAAUUAAAAGAAGCUACUACUGAACUUGGAUCUAAGUCCUAGAGACUCUCUCACAGCCUUGAUGGACGAAUCAAGUCUAAGUCCAGAUCUGGUUUCGAAAGCACGUGAAGAAUAUGUGGAGAUUUUGAAGAAUAAUUAUAUGAUGUGCAAGAUAAAUAGUAAACAUUUACCUGCUGGGCUGUUUGCUUAACAUUUUAUUUACUUUCCAUUAUGUAAGAUACUGACCCUGUUUAUUAAGGGAAAAUACUCUUGCAUUCUAUGGGCAUGAUUAAAAUUGAUGUAGUAUUUUAAA